AUGAAGCUGGAGGGCCAAGCUUAUUCGCCGAUUUCUCUCGAAUCUCGUCGUCGACGACGAGGGGAUAAUGAAAAGGAAACAACAACAGUUUCGAUAGGUUAGGUACGAUACAGAAUCGAUGAAGCCUCGUUAAUACCAACGAUGAUGACUAGUAUUGAUUUAGAUAUUUAUGCUUCGAGGUAUGGAAACCUAACCUAAACCUGUAAUGCCUUAUUAGAAUUCAAUCGUGACCUUUUCUAUUCCAAAUGAAUUAUAUACUCUGAGGACUGUAUUAGAUACCGUUAGUUAAACAUUUGUAAUAUAUUUGUAAACCUAACCUAAAUCCAUAAGUAACAUAGUAUGGUAAAUUAAUUGAUAUGAGACUCUAGCUUAUCACAGAACUUCUAAAUGUUACAGCAAUGUUGUUUUUCGAUUCAGUGUAUUGGUUGAUGUUAUUACAUGUUUAUGACGUACAUUUUUUACAAGUAACUCCAAAAUGGUAAGUGUGAACAAUCAUUUUCAUAAAUAUUGUUGUGUAGCAAGUAUAUGUAAUUCACUGUUGUAUAUAUAUCAUUAAAUAAUGAAAACCGAAUAUAUAAAUAAUAUUUAAAUAUAAUAAACAUAAUAUAUAGAUAUAUUAUUAAAUAAUGAAACCUUUAAUUUUUUUCAAAUAUAAGACUCUUGAAAGUUCUCUGUUAUUGAAAGGAAUUUUAUAUUUAAAUAAAUUCUAUUAUUUAUUUUCACAGGUUUGACACGUCGUACCGAAUAUUAGAUUAG